GUAGACGCCCCUUUCGUUCCUCAGGGCUGGGAAGGCGGGUACCCCGAAAUCGUCAAAGAGAACAAGCUCUUCGAGCACUACUACCAGGAGCUGAAGAUCGUGCCGGAGGGCGAGUGGGACCAGUUCAUGGAAGCGCUCAGGGAGCCCCUCCCGGCCACCUUAAGAAUUACUGGUUACAAAAGCCACGCGAAAGAGAUUCUCCAUUGCUUAAAGAACAAGUAUUUCAAGGAAUUGGAAGACCUGGAGGUGGACGGUCAGAAAGUUGAAGUUCCACAACCCCUGAGUUGGUAUCCUGAAGAACUUGCCUGGCACACAAAUUUAAGUCGAAAAAUCUUGCGAAAGUCUCCACAAUUGGAAAAGUUUCACCAGUUUCUGGUUAGCGAAACCGAAUCUGGAAACAUCAGUCGUCAAGAAGCCGUUAGCAUGAUUCCACCGCUGUUGCUUAAUGCUCAUCCUCACCACAAGAUCUUAGAUAUGUGUGCAGCGCCUGGAUCGAAGACCACGCAGUUAAUCGAAAUGCUGCAUGCCGACAUGAGCGUCCCUUUCCCAGAGGGAUUUGUCAUCGCGAAUGACGUGGACAACAAACGCUGCUAUCUGCUCGUCCAUCAGGCCAAAAGGCUGAGCAGCCCGUGCAUCAUGGUGGUCAACCACGACGCGGCCAGCAUCCCGAGACUCAGCGUGGACGUGGGCGGGAGGAAGGAGAUUCUCUUCUACGAUCGCAUCUUAUGCGACGUCCCCUGCAGUGGAGAUGGCACUAUGAGAAAAAACAUCGAUGUUUGGAAAAAGUGGACCACGUUAAACAGCUUGCAGCUGCACGGCUUACAGCUACGCAUCGCCACGCGGGGGGCUGAGCAGCUGGUAGAAGGCGGUCGGAUGGUUUACUCCACGUGUUCCCUGAACCCUAUCGAAGAUGAAGCAGUCAUAGCAUCUUUACUGGAAAAAAGCGAAGGUGCCUUGGAGCUUGCUGACGUGUCUUCUGAGUUGCCGGGACUAAAGUGGAUGCCUGGACUCACCCAGUGGAAGGUCAUGACAAAAGAUGGACAGUGGUUCGCAUCGUGGGACGAGGUUCCUCACAGCAGACACACCCAGAUCCGUCCCACCAUGUUCCCACCGAAGGACGCGAACACGCUGCAGGCCAUGCACCUAGAGCGGUGUCUUAGAAUAUUACCACAUCAUCAAAAUACUGGCGGGUUCUUCGUGGCAGUAUUAGUGAAAAAGUCUUCGAUGCCAUGGAAUAAGCGUGCACCAAAGCUGCAGGGAGACUCUGCGGAGCUGAGGGCGCCUGCGCAGUCCAGCCCUGCAGGUCCCACGGGAGGGACAGCUGCGGGUCCCUCCGAGCUGGAAAGGACACCAGUCACUGGAAUGGGUGACGCGGAAGUAAUUGAAAGAACUGAGAACUUAGACGAUAACGGAAACAAGAAAGACGGCGUGUGUGGUCCUCCUCCAUCGAAGAAAAUGAAGCUGUUUGGAUUUAAAGAGGAUCCGUUCGUGUUUAUUCCUGAAGAUGACCCAUUAUUUCCACCUAUCCAGAAAUUUUACGCUCUGGACCCUUCGUUCCCGAGGAUGAAUUUGUUGACGCGAACGACGGAAGGGAAGAAAAGGCAGCUCUACAUGGUCUCCAAGGAGCUGCGGAACGUGCUGCUGAACAACAGCGAGCGGGUGAAGGUUAUCAACACCGGGAUAAAAGUCUGGUGUCGAAACAACAGUGGAGAAGAGUUCGAUUGUGCUUUCCGGCUGGCACAGGAGGGAAUAUAUACACUGUAUCCAUUUAUUAACUCAAGAAUCAUUACUGUGUCGUUGGAAGACGUUAAAAUCCUAUUAACCCAGGAAAAUCCAUUUUUUAGAAAACUUAGCAGUGAGACGUACAGCCAAGCCAAGGACCUGGCCAAGGGGAGUGUCGUCCUGAAGUACGAGCCAGACCCCACGAAACCAGACACCCUGCAGUGUCCCAUCGUGUUGUGUGGAUGGCGGGGAAAGGCCUCAAUUCGAACUUUCGUGCCCAAGAAUGAGCGGCUGCAUUACCUCAGGAUGAUGGGGCUGGAGGUGCUGGCAGAGAAGAAGAAGGAAGGGCCUGUCCUGACAGGCGACAGUGCCUCUGGCUCCGGGCCACCGGAGGACGAGGCGAGUGCCGACCGGGACGAAGAGCAGGCUGCCAGUGUGGACGGCGCAGGCGGUGACCCGGCCGGGGGUCCUGGGGCGUCUGCACCCCAGUCCAGAACUGCUGACCUGUAAAGCACGAUUUUAACGGCUGGAAACAGACGGGAUGGUAGAAGCUUCUGCGAGUGACCGCCGUCCUGCUGUCGCACGGCGUGUGAGGAAAGUAUGUUUUCAGCUUGUUCGUUGCUCCUUUUACUUUGUUCUCUGGCGAAGCUGGGCCCAGCGCCUGCUGCCGGUGGGAGGCUUCGUGGUCGAGGUCUCGCUUCCAUCAAGAAAUGUCACUGCCCACGCAGAAACGUUCAGGUCCCUUCAUUACACCUGCAUUGGUCUUAAAGUCCAGUAUUUCUUUUAAUUAUUAUUUAUAGGGAGGAUCUGUAUGUCCUUACGAGUCGUUGGAAACCAUGCUGUAAGCUUUAAUAAUUGUAUUAAGUUGCGUAUCAGUGCGACAUCGGUGCACAGUGGGUUAAUAUCCGGGCUGUCAGACGGCUUCUGUGCCUUUAUAACAAAGAGUGAAAUGUAUCCUGUCAUGUCAGAGAGACCUGCGUCAUGAACUGUGAGGCUCAUGAGGGUUUUAUGUGCUUUUAGGAAACGAAGCACUUUGCAGUUUUAAUUUUUUAAUGGGGUUUGGGAUGCCUGGAACGUUUAAUUAAAGAGACUAAUGAAAUGUG